UCUAGGGGAGGAUGCAUUAGGAGAAGAAUGGAUGAUGGAGUUGGAGGGGGCUAGAGGAGCGAAUGUGAAAGAAUGAAAGAAUGCACGUGCAAAACUGGAAAAAAGGAGAUAUAAGAGAAGUGAAAAAAAGGAAACGGAAGUCGCUUAGAUUAGAAGCGUAAAGAUUAAUUAUACAAUCAGGAUUAAAGGAUCAUGAUUAAAGGGAAAGGAAAUAGUGUUAAAGUACAUUCCACUGCUAUGGAGACAUUGAAGAUAUCAAAAAUAAGAAGCGCUUUAUCCAAUACAGAAAUUAUAAAAAACACAGAACAUGAGGAGAGAGUGGACAAUACUAUUAACAAUUAUGGUGGAAAAACAUGCAUUAAAAAUUGCGUAAAGAACAGUGAAAAAAAGCAGAAUAAAAACUCUCCAGAAUUGAUGCCACCACCGAAGUUACCACCUCUUCCGAAGACAAUAGCCUCAUUGUCACACAUGAGUAUUGAAAAGUCCGCUGAACUUCGAAGUCAAGCGGAAAUAUCUAUUGAUGACAGGAACGUUAGUGACAAGGCGAGAAAAGAUUCGAAAAAAUGGGUUUUAACUGAUUUUGACAUUGGCCGACCAUUAGGUAAAGGAAAGUUUGGAAAUGUGUAUUUAGCAAGACACAAAGAAACUUCGUUUAUUAUUGCUAUGAAAGUUCUCUUCAAAGAUCAAAUUUUGAAGGCUAGUGUUGAGCACCAGGUGCGAAGGGAAAUAGAAAUUCAAACACAUCUAAGACAUCGAAACAUUCUGCGUAUGUAUGGCUACUUUCAUGAUGACAAAAGGAUUUAUCUUAUAUUGGAAUAUGCACCAAAAGGAGAAUUGUAUAAGGAAUUAAAUGCUCAACCGAACAAAAGGUUCAACGAAGUUAGGACCGCCAAUUACAUCAUGCAAUUGGCAGAUGCUCUUAAAUAUUGUCAUAAAAGGAAUGUUAUACAUCGUGACAUAAAACCUGAAAAUUUGCUGCUUGGUUUACAUGGCGAACUGAAAAUAGCUGAUUUUGGUUGGUCCGUACAUGCUCCUUCUUCACGAAGAACAACGUUAUGUGGCACUCUGGAUUACCUGCCUCCAGAAAUGGUGAAAGGCCAAACGCAUAAUCACACUGUUGAUUUGUGGGGCAUCGGCGUACUUUGCUACGAAUGCUUAGUUGGAAAACCUCCUUUUCUGGCAGAUACGUAUGAAGAAACUUACAGAAAAAUUACGAAAGCAAGGUAUAAUUUCCCGGACUGUAUUAGUGAUGGAGCCCGAGACUUAAUUUCAAAGUUACUAGUUGUUGAUCCAGAUCGUCGAUUGGGCUUAGACGACAUAUUAACUCAUCAAUGGAUUACUACAAACCGAAGUACAGAACCAAGUGCAUCAUGAAGAUUUACAAAUCAGCACUGUUAUGUGUAUUAUAUAUAUAUAUAUAUUGAUAUAUGGAGAUGAGUUUGGAAUUUCUUAUAAAUGAUCAAUUUAAUUUUAAACUUUGUGACUUAUGCAGUGCGUUACAAAUAUAAAAAUACAUUUUAUUCGUAAAAAA